AUACUAGUCAAUGUGAUUGUGUCAGAUACAGAAUCUGUAUACUAGGAAAAGCUUAAGUGUUCCGGGAAGAAAAAAAAUGUCGAACUACUUACGAGUUCCUGGUACUAUUCUAAGUAAUAGUUAUAGUAUGUGUGAGAGUGUGUUAGUUAUAGUAUGUGUGAGAGUGUGUUACCAGGAUAUAUCAGAGCUAGGGGUACAUCGAGGGUAUUUUUCUCUGCACAUAUCGUCGAGGCCGUUAGGCCGAGACAGAUAUGUGAAGAGAAAUAUACCGAGAUGUACCCCUAGCUCUGAUAUAUCCUCGUAACACACGAGCAUCACAUGUUAUAACUGUUUUAUCGCAUAGUUCUAUCAUUUCAAUUUAUUUAUUAUUUUUCGUUUAUAGAUCUAUCAUUUAAAUUAGCCCGCCCGCUUAGCUCAGUAGGUAGAGCGUCGGUCUACGGAUCGCGGGGUCGUGAGUUCGAUCCUCGGGCGGGGCGUAUGUUCUCCGUGACUAUUUGAUAAACGACAUUGUGUCUGAAAUCAUUAGUCCUCCACCUCUGAUUCAUGUGGGGAAGUUGGCAGUUACUUGCGGAGAACAGGUUUGUACUGGUACAGAAUCCAGGAACACUGGUUAGGUUAACUGCCCGCCGUUACAUGACUGAAAUACUGUUGAAAAACGGCGUUAAACCCAAAACAAACAAACAAACAAAUCAUUUAAAUUAAUUUUUAUAAUUAUUUUUACACUUAUGAUUCCCUUUCUGCACCUCACUGACUGAAACCCAGAAACGUUCUGUUUUAGAAAAUGUGUUCCCCAGGUAAAAGUAUCCAACAGAUUUCUACAUUUGUAUUUACUCUUUGCAUUUCAUUGGCCAAACGCUUAUCUCGGAGUCUAAUUUGCUUCAGCGCCCAAGUAAUAUUUUUCAUUUCAGUGCGCUAUCUCAUGCUGUAUAGCUACGUAAACGCGAACAAGCUAUCAGAAAUAAAACAACGUAAAAAAAACAACAAAAACGGAGUAUAAAAAAUCAAAAUAUGUCGGAUUCCGAUUUAAAAUUAGAUGAUGGACAGGACAUAUUUUUAUCUCAGGUUCUUGACGAGAUUGAAAGUAUGCAAGAAGACGAUAUAGUGUUGUCGCAAGCUCUGGAUUUAUUUGAAAACAAGGAAUCGUUUGACUUGUCAGAUUCUCAGUUUAAAAAUCUUGUAGAGGAUUGUACCAGUGCAGACUUUUUCGGUAGUUUUACGUUGAAACUACCGACUGGAGAAAAUUGUGAACUGUUAGGUGUGGAUACACAUUGUGAAAAUCGCUUUGGAAAAACUACCAAAACUGAAGAUUUUGACGCACUGAUCAAGGACCAGAAAUCGGGUAACACCGAGAGGAGUACAAAGUGGGCCACCUCUGUAUUUGAGGCUUGGAGAUCCGUUCGGAAACUGGACGGAGAGGAAAUUCCACCACUCGAGGAAUGCGAUAUCAACACACACCUUUCACGUUUUGUGGUAGAAGCAAGAAAGCAGGAUGGUUCCCCCUACCCACCUGGAUCGCUAUAUAAUAUUGCCUGUGGACUCUUGAGAAAUCUCCGAUCUGCUGGCAUCUAUGAUAAAAACUUCUUGGAUGAGACGAAUGCACGAUACGCGAGGUUCCGCGAGGUACUAGAUGCUCAGAUGAAAAAGCUGACAAAGGAUGGGUUAGGUAUUGGUCAGAGGGAGGCAAAACCAGUCAAUGAAGAAGAUGAAAAGAUUUUGUGGUCUAAAGGUGUAUUUGGGAACAGUUCAUCUGUUGCUCUUCAGCAUACCAUGUAUUUCUAUAACUGUAAAUUUUUCGGAUUAAGGGCUUUGGAUGAACACCGAACAUUAAACUGUAACCAAUUUGCAAUCGGGAGUGACGAAAAUGGUCGUUACAUAGAAUUUAAAGGUACAAACAGUAAAAAGUACAAUGGAGGAUUAAAACACAGGCGUAUUGAACCAAAAAUUAUAAGACAUUAUGAUGAAAAUAGUGGAAUUGUUGACUUUUAUGAGCAGUAUCUGAAUGCAUUGGGGCUUUCGGGUCCAUUUUAUCGGCGGCCUUUAAACAAAUCCGAGGGCACUUGCGUUACGGGGAACAAGUUGUUGGAAUUAAUAAGUUAAAAACUUUCAUGAAAGACAUUUGUUCGUCUGCAGGUUUAGAAGGUAGAUACACAAACCAUAGUGGUAAGAAAACGUGUGCCACAACACUCUACCAAGGAGGAAUUCCCGAGGAAGAGAUUAUGAAACGAACUGGCCACAGAUCCACUACCGGGGUUAGGAAAUACCAAAAACCGUCUCCCGCAAUGUUGAAAGAAAUUUCAAACACACUAAAUCCACCGCAGACGACAAUCAAGGCACAGUGUGAAACGGUCAAUGAGAAAAAUGCUGAAAGUGUUCUAAAGGAUAACGACGAGUCAGUGGAUAAUAAAC